CAGUGUGUCCUCAGCAGCCCAGCUGAUCCCCGCAGCUGAAAGAAAACUCCAUCAUGUUACGGACAAUUUCACAAUUAAUCGCGAAGGCUGCCGUAUAGCAGUACCGCCAGGCGUUAUUCGUAACCGUAUGUCACUGCUGUGGUGCGGCGAGUUGCGGAGUGUUUUACUCGCGAGUUUUACAUCGGCACUCCAGGGAGGUGUGUCUCUUUAGCUUCAACAUCUACAGUGCCGUUCUGACUGCUGCGACAGCGUUUUCUGUGGCAAGUGCUAUGCGUUAGCGAGACAGAACAAGUUCAGAAAAUGGUUCGCCAGCGAGACAGAAUGUACUCAGAGUGGCUGGUACUGCCCGUCACCGAAGAUGCGAAGGAGCGUAGCACCAGCGUGCUCCAGAAGUUCCCGUGUGCGGCCGGCCGCAACGUGGUCGCCGCCGUCCUCCACUCGCUGGCUAGCAACCUUGGGAUCAACAUUGCCAAGUGCGAGCCCAGCACCUUGGUGUCUGACAUCGAAGUCAACUGGUGCAUGGAGGUCAUUUGCUUUGGGCUGCGGCUGCCGCUUGCGGAGCACGAGGCCAUCCGGGACUGCGUCCACGUCUACUGCGAGUGGAUGCAGGCUCUGACGCAGCCGAAGCCGUGCGUUCCCAAGCCGGUCCAGGAUGACGCCAACCAGUACUUCAGGAGGAUGCUCAGACAUUUGUACAACCUCUUCGAGCCUCGGGAAGACAGCCAGACCGACAUGAUCAGCCGCCAAGCCGUGCUCUGCCACCAGGUACUGAGGAGGCUUCAGACAGUCGCCCAGGAGUCGACGAAGAUUGAGAAAGAGACAUGGGAUGAAAUACUUCGCUUCUUGCUUGCCGUCAACGAUGUGCUUUUGGCACCACCAUCCAGAAAAGAAGACAUGGGCAGCCACAUGUGCGAGCGCAUCCUCACGGCGCUGUUCGAGGUGUGGCUGCUGGCGUGCAGCCGCUGCUUUCCAUCGCCAAACCUGUGGAAGACGUUCCGCGAGCUCUGCUGCACAUGGAGGCAUCGGGGAGCGCUUGUCGAGCAGUGGAACCGCAUCAACCUUGUUCUGACGGCUGCCGUGCUGCGUCUCAUGUACGGUCACCACUACCCGGAGCUCAAGCUGGAAGACGAGGCGGUGAGUCUCGUCGCAGAGCUGAGCGGCGAGCAGCUGGCCCAGGCCUGGUACCGCUUCCUGCACGUGCUGGGCAACCCCGUAGACCUGUGCCGUCCCGAGGUGGUGAGCCAGACGCCGGCCUUCUACAGCCUUCUGGAGGCCAGCGACUCCAUCGUUGACCCAUUCCAAAAUCCAUGUCUGGCCGCGCUGCCGCACAUCUUUCACAGGGCCAUGAUGGGCGUUGCCGCCCUCGUCGAUGCUACUCUGGGCAUAAGUCCCAUUGCAGUAGAAGAGGAUCACCAAAAGUUGACGUCCCACAGCAGUUCCUCCUCUGCGGGAAGCGGACCGGUGACCUCAAACACCGGUUCAGGAACGACCACGACACCUCCGCAUCAAAGGAAGGGGGCCACGCGUAUUGCCGCCAUCUCGAACUUGAAAGCGGGCAUGUCCAAGCCGGGCGUGUUCUCGAACAUCCGUGCGAGCACAUCGUCGGCCUUGGCACCUGCGGCAACGACGGGAGCAUCGCUCGCCGCGGCUCCACUGGUUCCGCCACCCACGCCGCCAGCCACCACCGCACCCCAGCAGUUGAGGCCCACACCCGCACCGAUGCGCCCGCGGUGCAACUCGGUGCUGCACCUGUACGGCGCCUGGCUGUUUGAGGCUGCCCUGGUGGGGUCUGAACUGGAUGCCCAAGGCAGUUCUGGUCUUGUUCAAACUGACGGCACCGAGAUCAGCAUGCACUCGCGCUCAGGAUCAUUGCUCGAGUCCGGUGGAAGCGGCAGCACACGCAGUGCGGCCUCGGCCUCGGGAGGCGGCUCCGCGUCUUUUCCCGGAGUGCCCGACUCCAUUGAAAUCCCGCCGUACCUCAGCAUCGAGAGCUUUGAGGCUGGCCAGGCCGAGGCUGUGGGCACACUCUGCCGCCUGUUCUGCUCGAAGCGUACUGGCGAGGAGAUACUGCCUGUCUACUUUUCCCGGUUUUACCUCGCCCUGCAACACUGCCUCGGCAAUAUCGAGCUGCGGAGUCAAGUGGUGGCCAGCAUCCUGCUCAACUCGUGCAACCUCUUUCGCCAAGACCUUGAAGGAGUGAACGUCCUGCUGCCGCUCUUCCUGCAAGCUCUUGAAUCAGUCUUCUGCGCCGAUAAAGAUUCCAAGAUCAGGUCCCUACCCAAUGUGCCCCAGGUUGAACUGCGUUGGGCUUCUACACACCUGUUGCUGUCAAUGCUUCCUCUACCAUUGCACUAUGGAAACCUCACUUUGAAAGAUUUUGGCACGAACCAAUCCAUCACAUUUCAGUCACUGCGAGCACGGCUUAUGAACCUCCUGAUUGGUGCAUUGCAGAUAGAAACAGAUUCGACGAACACCCAGAUGUUACUUGGUGGCUUGCUUUUUUGCGUCCAAGAUGCAACGGCUUACGAAGAAGCCAACCAGGUGACCCAGCCGGGACCUUCCGGGGGCCAGGACAAUGCCAGCAUGACUUACUCUAACCUUCUGUGCUCAGAUGACGACGUUUUGGCGAGAGAAAAGUCGUGCAGCGCAUCGUCUGACUCGGAUGCCGAAUCCUGGUCGAGCUCUGAGGACUGUGAUUCGGCCAAUGCCCUCUUUGUACGCUCCAUCUACCUCGUGUGCCACCGACUGAUUUCCUCCUGGAAGACCGACGUCCACGUCUCACUGGCCGCGCUUGAGGUGCUGUCGGGACUCGCGAGAAUACGCCAGCCCCAGCAAGACUCUCUCGAGUGCCCGCGUGCCGUGAAAUGGAUCUGCGACUUCAUCGUGUACCAGUGUCAGCGACCGCCGCCGUUCCACUCGCGCGACCUCCACUCGACCAUCGUGGCGGCGUUCCAGUGCCUGACGGCAGUGGCUCAUCGCACCCAGCUCCUCAUGCAGGACAAGGAGACGGUGCACCAUGUGCUUGAGGUCGUCGAACUCGGUAUAUCUGGAUCCAAGUCGCAGUCCAAGGUAUCUGAUGUUCCUCAGCUGAAGGCCGAGAAAGAACUCAAGCCUUCUUCUCUUCGUGUUCGAGAUGCUGCUGAAGCUCUCUUGUCAUGUAUGAUGGACCAUGUGGGCUAUUUCCCUAAGAUGGCCGGUCCAGAGACACUGUCUUCAUUGCUUGAUGAAGAAGCACUGCUGAAGUUCGGGAACGCUGACGCCACGCCGUCGCUGCCGGAGGCUGUCGGCAAGCACUUCCGCUACUUCGUCUCGCAGAGCUCCGCCGUCAUCGCUGUGCUGGAGCAAAACCUCGGCAAUGACCAAGGUGCACUUCCUACCGUCACACUUUUGGUGAGGGUUCCUUUUGGGAGGCACGCUUGGACUAUGCAGUUGCGCCAUCUUCCACGCCACAAGUCUGGUGCACGAAGUGCUGCUGCAAACCCAGGUAGGCCCGUGCCCUGUUACGAGCCAGCGGACCGAAGCCACCCCGCACCGUCUCUCUUUCCCGAAAGCAUCGCCGAAAUUCCCACCUGCGAAAUCGACAAGAGCAUACCGGACCCGACAUCACAGACGCUGACGCGUGACGAGGCCCAAAUGCUCGGCUUCCUGGACCAGCAGGCCAAGGUCGAGAAGAGCAUCUGCCGCCGUUAUGAAGAAGACAUGCUGGGGCAGGACUUCCCAGAUCCGGCGACAGACUGCCACGCUCCAAGUGUCUGUCAAGAGUUUCAGACUGCGCGCUUGUUCCUGUCUCACCUUGGAUUCCUGUGGGACGAUGUCACAAAGGUGGCAAGUACCGGAAACGGCCAGCCGCUGAUGGCUCUCAACCAGAAUCAGACGGGCUUCUACAGCGCUCUCGACAGCCUCGACCGCAUCCCCUCGCGCACUAAUGACACCGUGUUUGUCUUCUACGUCAAGGAGGGUCAGGUGACCCCACUCGAGAUACUCGGCAAUGUGACAAGCAGCCGCAACGUGCAUCCUAUGUUUCUUGAGUUCCUGCGAUCCUUGGGCUGGCCCGUGGACGUGGGAAUGCACACCGGCUGGACCGGGAAUGUUGCCACAUCCUGGCGAGUCACCAGCGGUGACUUCAACAUUGCUGAUUUGCCUGCAGACCACGGCGGCAGUCUGUACAGUGGCCACCACCAAGUCCUCUACUGGUCAGAUGUGCUGUCCGAACUAGUGUUCGUCGUGCCUUCACCGAAAAACCUUCCUCGUGACGUUGCAUCCGGUGAAGUCACCCUAAGGCCAAAAGCGGACAGCUUUCCCGAGCGGUCCACAACAACCAUGAUGGGACCGCCAGCGUAUGACGGCAUGGCAGCCAGUGCGGAGGUCCCACAAGAGAAGGUUCAGCGUGCCAUGUCACUCAACAUUGACAGCACGGAGACAGUGACUCGACCUGCCCGGUCGCGACCAGCGCGCAUGCCCAACGUGGCACUUGCUGAACUAAAAGUGCUGGUUGUGUGGCUCGAGAGCUUCGAAGACCAUGUCUGCUUCCCCCUGAGUGAACUGCUGCCGGCCACGAAUACGGGCCAGGAGACUCCAUCUGGGCGUGGAGACGUGUUUGUGAUAUUCGUGCACGCCCUGCAGAGCGGCCUGUUCCGCAUAAAAGUGCAAAGCCGAGGAACCAAAACCAUGCAGGCGUUGCCACUCUGUUGACGGCAUGGUUGUCAGCCGCCGCGUCCUGGGCAUUCUUAUCCGCCAGACAGCUCUCAACAUAUGCCGGAGACGGCGGCUAGAGGCAGAGAUGUGUCCACCACCACACUGUGAGGCGCCGAAUGAAGAUCCAAGAGAUCGGAACCAAGUUCCAGCAACCACAGGGACAGCCAGAACUCUACGAGCAACUCUUCAAGAGUACACACUGAGCUGGUGCUUGCCAGCAAGGGCACUUGAGCGCAGCAACAUCGUGCGUUUAUUUCAGACAUCCCUGUUGCCGCAACUUACGGUAUUUGGGGGAACCGCGCCGCGUAGCAGUGCUCACCAUGCCGCAAACGUUGGAACAUGACAAUGGGCGGUCGUGCCGCCGUCAUUUCUGAGAUGGCGUAGGCACGACUGUGAUACGAGGACGUACUCCAGCGCGGCUUUACGAGAGGGCGUUUUGAAAUCCUUUCUGCGGAAGUGCAGCAAACCUGUUGCUGGCCAUUGCAUGGUGUAUGUAUACAGUCAAUCGCCCUCCUAGCAUGUUUAGUGACGGUUACCAUCUUGCAAAGCAGCAUAAGUUACACGGUUGCCGCCGCAGUAAUUGCGACGUGCAAUGUUUCGCUGUGUAUUAGCAUAUUACGAUAUUCGUGUUCUCCUUUUGUGCGCAGUGCACUGUAGAAUUGUCGAGUGACGGUUAUUGUACAAAACACUGAAAUGCAUUCCAGCCGAGUAUGUAACAUUUCGAAUGUAUGAGAAUCAAACAAGAUGCUUUUCAUGUAAAAAUGCAAUGGAAUGCAUGAAUUUUUGAAAUGUUUUUUUUAUGAGGUUCGUAAACACUUACUCCUGCAAAGCAUUGGUGUAUUGAUUAUCACAGAUGUAAGCAUACACAGGGCAAUGUUUUCGCUAUCAUCAAGGAUAAUCAUCAGUCUUAUUUUGCAAUUGCAGUCUUUGUGUUGUUUAAUCCUUUCACGAUAGCGUCAUGAUGAAACACAAAGACGUCACUGAUGUGUCACUUCUCUGCUUCGUAGUUAAUGUGUACUGAUAUACGGGGACUGGGAAUGUAUGUUAAUACUUUAAAUAAAGAUUAUGCAUCAUUUGUCAAACGCUAGAGAAGCACGCUCGGGAAAUUGGAAUUAACAUUUUCGCUCCGGUGGCUACUUGGUUAGUGUCCACUUCCAAUGCGGGAGGUCCUGGGUUCCAUUGCCAGUGCCGACCAUGAACCCACCGGUUCUUCCCAAUAGGUAGAGGAUUACGCCGACCUGGCGCUCAGUUGUGUCUGUGUACUCAUCUCGAAAGGUAGGCCCAUAAGGUUCUACGAACGCCCUUGGGCGUAUCUUAACCCACGACAGCCUUGGUGGAACAGCUGAGCAUCCGUAGCUGCUGUAGGAUGCAGCGAACUGCUGCCGCUAGGCACCUACUGGUUAAAUAGGUGCAAGCACACUUCCGUCUUGGUGCUCGGCAGAACAUAGUUCAUAGUUGCUUGGAAGGGCACCCGCACUGUGGGAAAUUGGGGGCAUGGAACCCUCACACGUAAAAUUAAGGUCAUCCUUCUUUUAAGCAAGAUGUUCGUUUAACUGUACGUCUUGCAUAAUCCUGAAUAGCAGUAUGUUGUACAGGCAGUGGUCAUAAAUGAAAUAGCUGCUAAAGAUUUUUAACCUGAGGCACGAUAUAUAACCUCUACACAUGUUAGUGAGUCGGUGUGUCCAUGUCUUGGUCUGUACGAACUUUGGAACGGUUGAACUAAAGAAAAAAUAAUGUUAGC